AUGUCAGCCUCGUCGUCCUAUUUCACAUCCAAUCGAGGGCAGCAACAACAACCACGAAGCCGUCGAAACUUGCAGCAGACGGCAGCACCUAGCAUGGGGUCUCGAGCUCCCAGGAACUUGGUUGCGGCAAGAAUCUCUUCCAAUCAUCCUCGGGGUUCUUACUCACAGCAGACUUCGAACUUUGCGAAUCAUGUCUCCAGACAUAGACGACACAAUCUUCCAAGAACUGUCACACCCACCAACAACGCGGCACCACCCUCUUGGGAAGACUUUGAUGAAGAUCCAUACGGGGGGAGUAAUAGCUUUCCUCGAAGUAGUCGUUCUAGAACGCAAUCUUCGGAUCGAUCUGUGGUGAGCACAUCCUACGUGGAAAUGGAAGAAGAGAUUCCUAUGGAUGAAUUGAUAGAAGACAGCUUGAGUGUCCAGUCUAUGCCUCCCAUUCGACGCACUCAUGUCAAUCAUCGGCGAGCGCGAUCGGGAUCCAACAACGAUUGGGCCGAUGCUAAUUCCUACGCUCGUAGCAGUUCCAGUAUUGAUCAUAAUUCUGCCGGUCACAAUAAUAAUCAUCGGAGGAAUCAAUCCAUGGAUUGGGGAAGCACGGAAUUGGGGCAAAUUGGCCUUCACCGACGAACUCAUUCUAAUCUGUCUCAAGAUUGGGCAGACGAUGUGAGUAGUCUGGGUGGAGUGGAAGAUCGACCAAACGGAAUUGGGGAUAUCAUUCGAGCAUUAAAACAUCGAUCCAAAUCACGGCCCAGUCACCUGACAGCAGAGGAACGAGUCUUGUGGGAAUCCAUUCAAAUUUCCCUCAAUUCAGCUCGGAACGAACAAAUGGAAAACAAACGGGCUCUCGAGCGAUUACUACAAGAUGCAGCACGUCGAGAGGCACAAAUUGAACGCAAGCUGAUCACAACACAAAGACAACUGGUGGCCACGAAUGGAAAAUCCAAGUCCAAUUCGAAAUCCACACACAUGGAAGUCCAAGUGCGGGAUUUGGAAACAACUUUGAAAUCCAAGCAAGCGGACCAUGAACGGGAAGUCCGGGCUAUGCAAAGGGUACUGGCCGCAAUGACUGAAGAGCGAGAACAGGAAACUGGAAAUCUGAAGAAGGAAAUUGAGCGUCUGACUGAGAAGUAUGAAGGCAAGGAUGGAUGCACGGAUUCUACAGCCUCGGAGACCUCUUCCUUUUUAGAAGCUCAACUUGCAGGAGCCAAGGUUGAAAACCAAAAGCUGGUCGAGGAAAUCAACCCGUUAAGAACAGAGCUUGAGACUGCACGAGACGAAAUUGCAAAUCUGAAGUACAGGGGUCUAGAUCAUAGUAGUAGUAGUCUCGACAGAAGAGGAAUCCCACGUUCGCAGUCCAUGACUCCGCCAAGGUAUGGGGUGAGCAGCUCUAACUCGUUCGACGCAGAAUCUGCGUCUUCGGCGGAAUCAGUGGAAACCUUGCAACGGAGUCUGGCAGAGACUACAUAUUCGCUGGAGAAUGCCAAAAAGAUUAUUGCCUCUCUGGAAAAUGCCAAUAACGCUCUUGCAGUAGACUUGAGAGCAAAACUAAAGGCAAAAGAGCAAGAACUACACAUUGCUCAGACAGAGAGUGCGGAUUUCAAACACCGCCUCGAUAUUCUGGCCACUGAGCUCCGUGCGUUGCAGGUGAGGCAAGGUGACUCGGAUCGUUCUCAGCGAGGCUUCAAAGGACAAAUUCAGGACUAUCAGGAUUUAGUAGAUCUGUUGGAAAAGAGCGUGUCGGGUCUUCAGUCUGCCUCUGUAGUCCACGAAGUUUCUGCCGCUACUGGACAGCCAGAUCUUUCCAACGUCGACCAAAUCGGAGAAAUCCUCAACGAAACACUAGCUGCUCUUCGAUCGACGCUGGAUAAAGCAUCGUCGUCUAAAGAGGAGUCAAAAAAUAGUUCUGAAAUUACUAUAGAUGGGGAGAAAGUAUCAAUGAAGCAAAUGAAGGACUUACUGAAAAAGCAACAUGAGCAAAUGAAAAGGCUAAGGAAACAAGUGGAUGAAAAGAAUGAAGGCCUUGAAAGUAUAAAAAUGAUGCGGACAGAAAUUCAAAGUCUCAAAGAAAAGUGCUCUUCCAACGAGAAGCUACUCACCAAGAAGGAUCGUGAAUUGGCAGUGCUCCGAUCAAGCUUGCCAGAAGACGAUAACAAUAGUCGCGGAGGAUACAUUUCUGACGACGAGAGUGGUGAUGAGGACGAAGCAGCCUCAGGUACCAUACUUCCGCCGCCUUCCAUGAAUUAUCCAACCCAGCAAAGUCUUUCAAAUAUUCUGCAACAGAUUGGUCGUCCUGGAAAUUCAUCUAACAAUGAGGUGGAGACUCUCAAAGAAGAGUUGCUGAAAGCCUUGGGUGAGAAGGAGCUGGCCAGCAAGGCACUGAAGGAAGAGAAAGAAUCUCUAGCAAAUGCCAAAAUGAUAAUAUCAUCGCUAGAGAAUGCCAACAAGAGAAUGACUGCGGAUCUCCGGUUGCGUCUGCAUGAAUGCAACUCGGAAAUAGUCGCGCUAACGGAUAAGUCCAAGGAGAAUGAACAUACAGCGAGUGAACUUCGUGAGGAAGUGGAGCGUCUCAAGAAAGAAAAGGCAGAGCAUGAAGCUGAGAUAAACCGGCGACAGGGAGUCGACCACCCGCAAGAUGAAAGUGCGGAUCCAAAGCCCGAAGUCGAAGAGAAGAAAGAAGAAACGGUUGCCGAACAGGUAUGA